AUGAGCCCCCUCCGCCGGUACACAACAGUCUCCAUCCCAGCGUCCUACGGCCGGCUGGACGACGGUCCCUCCCCAGGUACCGUAGCGGGCAUCGUCCUAGGCAGCGUCGCAGGCUUCGUCUUCCUCCUGUACCUAGCCUACCUUGGCCUCGGACUCAAUAACAAACCACACCCCGACGACGUAGAAGUUAGCACCGUGUCGAUGGAGUCCGCGCUAUCGAGGCGGGCGCGACGAGCGCGCCGCGGCGGCGACGGAGGACGAGUCGAGGUGGUCGAGGAGCGGCGCAGGCGGCAUCCCGACGAUCAUAUUGUGGUGGAGGAGUCGGUGACGUCUGCGUCGAGGACGGAUGAGGGAGAUGUGGUGGAGGUUUUGGAGGAGCAUUCGUCGAUUGAUGUGCCGGUGGCGCCGGCGCGGUCCAGGUCGAGGAGGAGUCGGGUGUCGGGGUCUUAUCGGACGGUGGAUCCGUACGAGUAUGGGGGUGGGAGUUCGUAUGAUGGGCGGUGA